AUGGCAGGAGUGAAAGCCGACGUUUUCAGGGGUUGGUACAACGAGUUUUGGGACAAGUAUGUUACCGGUGCAGUCAAGGAUUCGUCAGUUUUCAACUCGGUCGCCAUCAAAAACAUGCAUACCACUUUGAAUGCAGCCUUCGGUAAAGCAGACGCCAUUACUUGCGCUAUGGGAGGUGGUGACCGCGGUAAUGGCAUUACUCUUAAGGAAAAAAUCUUGAAAGUUUGUCCCUUUCACGACGAGCUCGUGGUAUUCCUUAAGGAUAAACACAACAAGCGUCCUCCUGUUCUCCUCGAUUAG